UAUUUAUUAUUAUUAUUAUUUUAAAAUUCCAUAUUAAACUUUUAUUUAAAGUGUACAGUUCCUAAAAUCUCCAUUCCUCAUUCUCACCCUCAGAAGUCAGAACGAGCCAUGGCAAUACUUUCACUGCCACUGGUGACAUCAAUUUUCACGAAAACGCCCGGCAAGCCUCAGAUAUGCUUCACCGUCCGCCGGAUUAAUCUGUCUCACGUUUUCCGGAGAAAUCACUUUUCCACAACCGCCGGAAGUCUAACUUCCUCUGCUUCGACUGCCACGGAGCAAGGCUGCGUGAGACCGUCUUCAUCGUUGUCGUCAUCGGUGCUCACUUUUCAGCAAGCCAUUCAAAGACUCCAGCUUUACAGAUUGCUUGUAGUAAAUACUGGUAUUUCCCUUACUGUUCUAGCUGCAAUAAACCUGAUGGAUGAAAAUCUAGACGGUAGAAGAGAUGUUAAAUUUCAUAUUCUGCAGGAAUAUUGGGCUUCAGUAGGGUGUGCUGUGAUGCAAUGUAGCAACACUGAGGUUGGAGCUGGGACAAUGAAUCCUCAUACAUUUUUAAGGGUUCUUGGUCCUGAACCAUGGAAUGUUGCGUAUGUUGAACCUAGCAUUCGACCUGAUGAUAGUCGUUAUGGGGAAAAUCCAAACAGACUUCAAAGACACACGCAAUUUCAGGUGAUAUUGAAGCCUGACCCUGGAAAUUCACAGGACUUGUUCAUUCGGAGUUUAGCAGCCUUAGGGGUUAACGUAAAUGACCAUGAUAUUCGUUUUGUCGAGGACAAUUGGGAAAGCCCGGUCUUAGGUGCCUGGGGCUUGGGCUGGGAAAUUUGGAUGGAUGGGAUGGAGAUAACUCAAUUUACUUACUUCCAGCAGGCUGGGAGUCAUCAAUUGAUGCCUGUUUCAGUUGAGAUUACCUAUGGUCUUGAACGGAUUCUUAUGUUGCUUCAGGGAGUUGAUCAUUUCAAGAAAAUUCAGUAUGCUGAUGGGAUAACAUAUGGAGAACUUUUUCUGGAAAAUGAAAUAGCCAUAAUGUAUGCAAUCUCUUUCAGGAAGGAAAUGAGUGCCUAUUAUCUGGAGCACGCCAGUGUUGAUCACAUUCAUAAUCAUUUUGAUCUAUUUGAGGCUGAAGCUCGUCGCUUGCUUGACUCAGGCCUUGCAAUUCCUGCGUAUGAUCAGCUUUUGAAGACAUCUCAUGCUUUCAAUGUCUUAGACUCUAGAGGAUUUGUUGGCGUAACAGAACGUGCCCGCUAUUUCGGUCGUAUGCGUAGUUUAGCCCGUCAAUGUGCUCAACUAUGGUUGAAGACAAGAGAAUCUCUUGGGCACCCCUUGGGUGUUGCUUCUCAUCCUGAUCACCUUGGCUUUCAGAAAGAAGACAUGGAGGAACUGAAGAAAAAGGUUUCUACAGAACCUCGGACUUUUAUCCUGGAAAUUGGGACGGAGGAGCUACCCCCAAAUGAUGUGGUUAAUGCUUGCAAUCAACUCAAAGAUUUAAUCCAGCAGUUGCUGGAUAAACUAAGAUUGAGUCAUGGAAGCGUGCAAACUUAUGGAACACCACGUAGGCUUGUGAUUUGUGUCGAUAACCUCGGUGAUAAGCAGGUGGCAAACCAAGUUGAGGUUCGGGGACCUCCAGCAUCGAAGGCAUUUGAUCAGCAGGGAAAUCCUACUAAGGCAUCUGAAGGAUUUUGCCGCAGAAACGGUGUGCCUUUGAGUUCCUUGUAUAGAAAGAUUGAAGGUAAAACAGAGUACGUUUAUGUUAGUGCAGUGGAGCCAUCACAGCUUGCUUUAGAGGUUUUAUCCGAAGAGUUACCUGCAAUACUCGGUAAAAUAUCAUUCCCAAAGUCUAUGCGGUGGAAUUCUGAGGUCUGUGCUGCUCUAGCUAUGGAAUUUAAUUUUUGUAAUCUCAUUUAUCAUCCUUUUGAAACUUUUAAUGCUGUUGCUGGCCUACAUUUCCUGGUCAUGUUCAGUAGACCUGUUCGGUGGAUAUUGGCACUACAUGGAGAUGUUGUUGUCCCCUUCACAUUUGCCGGUGUUCUAAGGCAAAGUUCUCACCUAAGUUUUUGUAACAGUGGUGAUGUUACUCAUGGGCUACGGAACACUUUGUCAGCUACUAUUAAGGUGGGAAAUGCUGAGUCUUAUACUGAUGUGAUGCAGAAUGCUGGAAUCAUCAUCAAUAUUGAGGAACGCAAGAAGAAAAUCCUGGAGAAGUCUAAGUCUGUUGUAGGAAAUAUUAAUGGUUCUGCUGUGAUUGAAACUGAUUUACUUGAUGAGGUGGUAAAUCUUGUUGAAGCACCUCAUCCUGUUCUUGGGAAGUUCAGUGAGACCUUCCUUGAGCUUCCAAAAGACCUGCUAAUAAUGGUUAUGCAGAAGCAUCAGAAGUAUUUUGCAGUAACUGAUCAGGAUGGCAAGUUAUUGCCACAUUUUAUUGCUGUUGCAAAUGGAGCAAUCAGUGAAGAAGUGGUGAGGGAAGGAAAUGACGCUGUACUCAGAGCUCGAUAUGAAGAUGCAAAGUUCUUCUAUGAGCUGGACACAAGAAAGAGAUUCUCUGAAUUUCGAAAUCAAUUGAAGGGGAUCCUGUUCCAUGAAAAGCUGGGAACAAUGCUGGACAAAAUGACACGUGUCCAAAGUUUGGUUACUAAAGUAGGAUCGUUACUGGGAAUAAGUGAAGAUGUCCAUAAGGUGAUUCAGGAUGCUGCAUCAUUAGCCAUGUCGGAUCUUUCAUCUGCGGUUGUUACCGAAUUUACUUCCCUUGCUGGGGUAAUGGGGCGUCAUUAUGCCCUGAGAGAUGGCUACUCCGAGCAGGUUGCUGAGGCAUUAUUUGAGAUUACCCUUCCUCGAUUCUCGGGUGACAUGCUUCCAAAAACUGAUGCUGGAGCAGUAUUGGCAAUAUCAGACAGAUUGGAAAGCCUCGUUGGGCUGUUUGCUGCUGGUUGUCAGCCAAGCUCCACCAAUGAUCCUUUCGGCCUGCGAAGGAUCUCAUACGGUCUGGUGCAAUUGUUAGUAGAAACCAAUAGGAAUUUGGAGCUAAGGAAUGCUUUGGAACUUGCUGCUGAUGUUCAACCCAUAAAAGUAGAAUCGCAAACAGUAGAUAAUGCUCAUCAAUUCGUAACGAGAAGACUUGAGCAGCUUCUGAUGGACCGAGGAAUAAGUCCAGAAGUUGUGCGCGCUAUUCUUGCAGAGCGUGCAAAUUGCCCUUGUCUUGCUGCCAAGUCUGCACAUAAAAUGCACGCCUUAUCCCAAGGUGAUCUGCUACCCAAAAUUAUCGAGGCAUACUCUCGCCCAACAAGGAUUGUUCGUGGAAAGGAUGUCACUGAUGGUUCAGAGGUGGAUGAGGCAGCUUUUGAAACAGCUGAAGAGAGAGCUUUAUGGAGCACAUUUACAUCAUUGAGGAAGAAAAUUCAUCCUGACAUGGAGGUUGACGAUUUUGUUGAAGCAUCUUUCGAUUUAGUACAGCCACUGGAGGAUUUCUUCAACAAUGUUUUUGUUAUGGUGGAAGAUGAAAGGAUCAGAAACAACAGGCUUGCACUACUACAAAAAAUAUCCAAUCUUCCGAGUGGAAUCGUGGACCUCUCAAUUUUGCCAGGCUUCUAAAACCAUUUGUUUUGAGGAACGAAAAUUUCAUUCCUUAAUCCAAUCAUUUGUUAGUGAGAUAAAAAAGAAAUAAUGAUAAAAAAUGGCAGGUGACUUUUGCAGUCAAUGUUGGCGCAUUGGGGUCGACGGUGAAAAAAUUCUCUAAAGAACUUUGUAGCAAAAUGUUGUGGUACAAAUAAUUAUUAUUAUAUUAAAAUUUAUUUAAAGUAAUCAGCAGAUAUCAAAGAGUUUUGUAGUCCUGAAAAAAUUCGAAUAUUCAAGACGAGGAUAUAUAGCUUUUAGAUUCGGAUGGAUUUGCAUAGUUUCACUGGAUCAAAACUGACAAUCAUAACCAUUCAAACACACGAGAGAUUGGGACUCAUGGGUCUUGGUUAUAAUUGUUCAAUGGGGCAAUUGACGCACAAUGUCUCUUAUAUACAAUUUUGGGUUGUUACCAAAAUAACACUAAAAAAAAUAAAAAUAAUAAUAAU